AUGGACCUCCAACGAGUAAGGAAGACGGUCGUCUCGGGAGGCAGCAGCCUCGUCGACCUGCCCGAAUACAUCAUCACAUCAUUUCUGCCCGGAGCACGACCUUUACUAGACAAACACCCAUCCUUCUUCCGCUUCUUCGGGGUCUUGCUGGCCCUGUACUACUUCGGCCCCGUCGCCCGGCUGAAGUCGCUCUGGUCUCAAUUCUCCUCGGUGAUUGUCGCCACCGUCAACGUCUCGUCCGAAGAAGACCUCUUUGGGUAUUUGACGAGUUACCUGUCCGAGCGCAAGACGCUCCGCGCGGACCAGGUCCUGAACGCCGUGUCCAGCAAUUCCCAGGAGAACAACGGCCGAGGACGGAGGGGUCGGCGUCAUGAACCGGACGUCGAGGAGACGCGGCGGGCCAACGAAACGCCCAAAAUCAAGUACGAGCAGGGCCAGGGCAUGCAGUUGUUCGUCCACAAGGGCCGGCUGUUCUUUUGUAGUCGCAAGUACGGAGAGGGACACACUUACUAUGGAAAUCGCUACAAGAGGAUGGAGAUCAUCUCCCUGUCGUGUCUGGGUCGCUCGGCGCAGCCUAUCAAGGAUCUCAUCGAGCAUGUUUACUACCUGAACAAGGCCAAGGAACUCUCGUUGACCAUCAUUCGAAGACCCUACAGAGGGGGCCAGACGUGGAGCCGAGUCACUUCCAAACCCCGAAGAGCACUCGACACGGUCAUAUUGGAGGCGGAGCAAAAGGAGCAGGUCAUCGCAGACGUGGCAGAGUACAUGGACGAAGCGACCAUGAAUUUCUACGCCAGCCACGGUAUCCCCUACCGCCGGGGUUAUCUCUUCCACGGCCCACCCGGAGUGGGCAAGACAUCCUUCGCCCUUGCGCUCGCUUCAAAGUUCAACCUCGACGUGUACAACCUUUCGCUGCUUGACAACGACCUGACGGACUCGGACCUCAUCUCGCUUCUCAACCAACUCCCCGGCCGGUCUUUGUUACUGCUGGAAGACAUCGACACCGCAGGUCUGAAUAGAAAAGGGGCCAAGUCCACCACGUCAACCCGAGGUUUUAAUACUCGGCGCAUGAGGCUGCCCGGUAGUGAACCUAACUUUGAUGAUGGCGACAACGACCAAGAAGGCGGCUCUGCCACGCACGUCACGCUGAGUGGGUUGCUGAAUGCGAUCGAUGGUGUGGCAGCGCCGGAGGGCCAUGUUCUGAUCAUGACCACGAACAAACCGAAUGAACUCGACGACGCGCUCGUGCGGGCAGGCCGGAUCAGCGUAAGAGUCGGGUUCAAGAACGCAAGCAAAAAGCAAGCAGAGGAGAUCUUUUUGCGGAUGUAUCUGGAAUUGCCCAAAACUUCAGACUUGAGAGGCAUUGACGAGGCAGGAGGGGCAGCAGCAGCACUCACAAGCACAACUACUGAUCAGACGUCCUCGUCUGGCGACGAGACUGAGAAAGUGCCCGACACCAUGGAGACAGCACACCUCCGCUCGCUCGCGCAGAAAUUCUCCUCGCUGAUUCCCGAGGGAGAAUUUUCACCCGCAGACCUUCAGGAUUACUUGUUGGUUCACAAAAAGGACGCUAACAAAGCGCUGGCCGAGUUGCCAAGGUGGAUGGAAAAGGUGGCCAAAGACAGGGAGAGGAAGGAGGAGGAGAAGGAGGAGGAGAGAGAAGGGAAGAGGGAGAUGAAGAGGGAGGAAAUGAGGAGGUUUAGGGAGGAGGUUAAGAGAGCUGUUAAGGACGUCAAGGACGGAGGGGAAGAGGGAGAGGGGAAUGGGGAUGGGGUUAAUGGUGAGAGUAAGAGAAAGGAUGAGGGUGGUGAUAAUAAGGAAAAUGAAGGAGAAGGACCUGCCGCUGCUGAUGAUGGUAACAAGAAGGCCGAGGAUAAGGACGGUGGCGCCAACGGCGACAAACCUGGCCUGAAAGAAGAGUAA